GAAUACAAGUUUUGCUCCCUCACGGUGCCGGAGUGUCUUCGGAUCAAGUGGCACCGGGGAGAUGCUCCUUGACAGAUGGUCUUUUGAGUACGGGAAGGUGCCGACAAGUGUGGUUACCUGUUAGUUCUGCACGGCGCGUCAGGAGGCUACCGCAAGAUGCAGAAGCCCAAGGUGACCGGCCUGGUGGCCGACUUGUGGACGCACAUCCGCAUCCUGCAGCUGGCCGGCCACUCGCUGCUCGAAUUCAACGCCGGCGGCAGCGCCGCGUGGAACUACCUGCGCACGGCGGGAACCGUGCUGCACAACUUCCUGCUGAUCGGCAACUACGUUCUGCUCAUCAUCAACUGCACGCAGCAGACGGCGGACUCGGACGAGUUCACGGGCAAUGUGGCCACCGUGCUGUUCUUCAGCCACUGCGUGUUCAAGCUGCUCUACUGCACGCUGCGCCGCCGCAAGUUCUACCGCACGCUCAACAGCUGGAACCACACCAACAGCCACCCGCUGUUCGCCGAGUCCAGCGCGCGCCACCACGCCCAGGCCACUAGCAGCAUGAAGCGCCUGCUCGUCAUUAUACUGACAUGCACGUUGACAAGCGUUCUCGCCUGGACAACCAUCACCUUCUUCGGAGACAGCGUCAUUCACGUGCAGGACCCGGACGAUGCGAAUCUCACGAUGACGGUGGAGGUGCCUCGCCUGAUUGUCCGCGCGUGGUACCCGUGGGACAUCUCCAACGGCUUCAUGUACAUGCUGACGUUCGCAUUUCAGUUCUUCUGGCUGACCUGCAUGCUCGUGCUGUGCAACCUGCUGGACACGUUGUUCUGCUGCUGGCUGAUCUACGCCUGCGAGCAGUUGGUGCACCUGAAGGAGAUCAUGAAGCCAUUGAUGGAAGUCAGCAACUCCAUGGACUCUUUGAUGCCGCAGACCUCCGACAUCUUUCGGGCGGCUUCCUCCUCGUCCCACGCAGCACUGCUCAGUGGAUCAACAGACACCCUGGACACGAACAUCCGCGGAAUCUACAACAGCGCCUCCGAGUACUCGGGUUUCCGGCAGGGGGGCGGCGCGCUGUCCACGGUGCAGGGCUCCUCCGUGGGGCCGAACGGCUUGACCAAGAAGCAGGAGGUGCUCAUCCGCUCGGCCAUCAAGUACUGGGUGGAGCGCCACAAGCAGGUGGUCCGGUAUGUUAAUGACAUCGGCGACACCUACGGCGGAGCUAUUCUGGCGCACAUGCUGAUAAGCACUGUGGAACUAACACUGCUGGCCUAUCUUGCUACAACGAUAACUGGAUUCAACCCAAGGGGAAUUUGUAUCGUUGGCUACGUGAUCUAUUCAUUUGGCCAAGUAUUUCAGUUCUGCUACUACGGUAAUCACCUAAUAGAAGAGAGCUCGUCCGUGCUGGAGGCGGCGUACAGCUGCCGCUGGUACGACGGCACAGACGAAGCGAAGGCAUUCGUGCAGAUCAUCUGCCAGCAGUGCCAGAAGUCGAUGACCAUCUCAGGAGCCAAGUUCUUCACCGUCUCUCUUGAUCUAUUUGCAUCGAUUCUUGGCGCUGUUGUCACCUACUUUCUUCUUCUGAUACAACUGAACUGAAGUACAUCCUCAUGAAAAGCCAAUUUACUAGCAUGGUGCUGCAAUAUCACUUUAAAGGUGUACACACUUGUUUUAAUAUUUAUAUUCCCUACCAUGCAAUUUAAAUUUUAAAUAUAACUGUCCACAUAUAUUAGCAUAACACGUACUUUAAGUUCUUUUAUUCACUUCGUGGUGAACGUAAUUAAACAUGAUAUUUUUACAUGAUGCAAUAUUUGUAUAGAAAUUAUAAAAAAAAUGUAAGUAAAAUAAUAAUUUCUUCGUUAUUUCAAAAAAGUUAUUCACUUAAUACCAACAAGCAAAACAUUAUCACCAAAGCACAAAACAACACAACAUUAUAGGGAAUAAUUUUUCUAGAUGCACUAAAUAAGCAAAUAAGCACCAACAUACUUAGAUUUUAACGCAUUUUAAAACUGUGAAUGGUGCCAGCACUAUAACUCAGUAUAAAUUCAACAAACAUUUAUGAUACAUCAAAUUCAAAGACAACCUCCAUAGCGUAGUCAUAUGCACGCCGGCUUUCGGUGCGAGGGGUUCUGGAUUUGAGUCCCAGGUAUGUAAUUGAUGUAGAUUUGUAACAUCUGAAUUCGUUUAUAUCAAAUCCAAUAAAACGUUCAGAUGAAACAGGUAAUUGUCAAUAUAAGGUAUUAAAAAAAAUAUGAUAGCAUUGUUGGUGUUCAAAAUCACUAAAACCAAAACCUAAAAACAAUUGAUAUGUGCUAUUAUACACUAUAAUUUACUAAAGUAAAACAUUAAAAGUAAUUUUAAAAAGCAUACUUUGAAAUAUUGUUUGUCUUUUGUCAAAUAUUUAAAAUCAAAUGACAAGUGUUUUUUUAAAACUGAGAAAUUGUAUUUUGUGCAUGAAAAUUAGCUAUAGUAAAUCAGUUUGAAUUUUUUCUAAGUUUUCUGAAUCACAUAACACAAUUUUUUAACUACAAGGUUUCAAGUCAUAAUACUGUGAUUAAUCUUAGAAAUAAAUUGUUUACACUUGUGCCGCA